AUGAUGACUCAUUUCUUUCUUUCAUCGAACCCUUAUUACAAUACUUGUCUGUCUGCCUGCAACUUCUCCUCUUCUAUCUGUCAAGUUAAAUUAUAUCAAAUGAUCGUACCUCGUCUUCGGAGUGAAGCCCGUGGCGGAACAUCAUCUGGUACAUCGACUCGUUAUAGUAGCGGUGUCUACGGAAAUAAAUAUUCUUAUACAUCACAAGCUGUAAGAAAAUGGGAAAAGCGUUGGGUUAUUAUUCAUGAAACAUCUAUGCGUGUGCAUAAGUGGAUGCCUGCACCAGCAUCAGCUCCUACGCUUGCUUCACAAAUUGUUGCUGACAAAACAGCUGCACUUGCUAAUAAUGAUACCAAUACGGAACAAUCUCAAGAAGAAUCUCAAGUUACCCAACAUCAACAACAACCACCACCAUCACAAACACAGCAGCAAGAAGAAUCAACACCGAGUACGACACAAGAUACUCAAAUGGUUGUUGAUGAAGAGAGUACUAGUCAAUCAAGUCAAGCUUAG